CUCAGUGGCAGCUGUCAUCGGCUCGCGGCGGAGCGGGUGCACAACGGGAGGAAAAAUCAUCAAAUACGUAUAAUGGCUUCUGGCUCGAGCACUAUGAAGAUUCUCAUUAAAGGUGGGCGGGUCGUGAAUGAUGAUGUCACUCAGGAGGCGGACGUCUACAUUGAGAAUGGAGUCAUCCAGCUGGUGGGCCGUGAGCUGAUGAUUCCGGGCGGGGCUAAAGUGAUUGACGCAUCGGGUAAACUGGUGAUACCAGGCGGCAUUGAUGCCAGCGUGCACCUGCAGGAGACGUUCAUGAACGCCACCACACAAGACGACUUCUACAGCGGAACCAAGGCGGCGCUGUUGGGUGGCACUACUAUGGUGUUGGCUCACCUUCUUCCAGAGAAAGACACGUCACUGCUCGAAGCGUAUGAGAAGUGCCGCGCUCAUGCUGAUGCUAAAACCUGCUGUGAUUACGCCCUGCACAUGGGCGUCACCUGGUGGGGACCAAAGGUGCGCAGGGAGAUGGAGGUGUUAGUGGGUGAGAAGGGUGUGAACUCUUUCCAAAUGUUUAUGGCGUAUAAAGAUCUGAUGAUGUUGAAAGACUCUGAGCUGUAUCAGGUGCUGCACACCUGUAAAGACAUCGGAGCCGUCGCUCGUGUUCACGCUGAGAAUGGAGAGCUCGUAGUGGAGGGUGCUAAAGAGGCAUUAGAUCUGGGCAUCGGUGGUCCUGAGGGUAUAGAGAUCAGUCGACCAGAGGAGUUGGAGGCAGAAGCCACAAACCGGGCCAUAACCAUCGCCAGCAGGGCUCACUGUCCAGUGUAUUUGGUGAAUGUGUCCAGCAUUUCUGCGGCUGAUGUCAUUGCAACUGCCAGGAUGCAGGAUAAGGUGGUUCAUGCAGAGACUACAGUAGCUCACUCUGUGUUGAGCGGGAUGCACUAUUAUCAUCAGGACUGGGCUCACGCUGCUGCUCACGUCAUAGCUCCACCCCUACGCCUCGACCCCAACACACCUGACUACCUCAUGGGCCUGCUGGGCAAUGACAUCAUAAAUGUGGUUGCGUCAGAUCACCGAGCGUUCAGCACAAAGCAGAAGGCGAUGGGGAAAGAAGACUUUACCAAGAUCCCUCACGGAGCAGCUGGUGUGGAGGAUCGCAUGAGUGUUAUCUGGGAGAAAGGAGUGGUCAGCGGUAAGAUGGAUGAGAAUGGUUUUGUGGCCGUGACAAGCUCUAACGCUGCUAAAAUCUAUAAUCUGUACCCGCGGAAGGGACGCAUCAUUCCAGGAGCCGAUGCUGAUGUGGUGGUUUGGGAUCCAGAUGCCACCAGGACGAUCUCUGCCAGCACUCAAGUUCAAGGCGGAGACUUCAACCUGUAUGAGAACCAGCGCUGUCAUGGCGUUCCUCUGGUAACCAUCAGCCGCGGUCGUCUAGUGUGCGAGAACGGUGUGUUCAUGUGCGCCGAGGGUUCCGGAAAGUUCUGCCCUCUCCGAGCGUUCCCCGAUAUCCUGUACAAGAAGAUGCUGCAGAGAGAAAAGACUCAGGCCCUGCGAAGAGUGGAUAGGGCUCCAUACUCCGGGGACGUUUCUGUUGUAGCCAACUCUGGCAAGAAGGACUCCGCCCCUCCAGAGGACGACGUUACCAUGCGGGUGACCACCAGACACGGAGGCAUGCGAGACCUGCACGAGUCCAGCUUCAGUCUGUCAGGCACCCAAGUGGACGACCACAUUCCUAAGAGGUCCUCUGCUCGAAUCCUCGCGCCCCCUGGUGGCCGCUCCAGUGGCAUCUGGUAAACGUGGAAACCACAGACCAGACCAAUCAUACAGGUCUCCACUGCGACCCCCUUUAUGUCCCUGUACACGUGUGAUGUUUGAUGUUUGUAGUAAAUGAAUCACGACUCUGUUACAUGAAAUAAUCAGUCAUAUUCAAAGUGCCAUUUAAACCAAACUGAAACUGUGCCACAUUACAGUGUUCACACAUAGCAGUCAAAAGUUUGGACACGCUUCACUCAAUUUAUGUUUUUUGUUAAUCUUAAAAAACUUUUGAUCCAUCAUUAUGUGCUUAAAUGCUUCAAAUUACUUUUGUAGAUGAAUAUAAAUUGUACCUGCGGAUGAAUUUCUUUACAAAACUAAAAUUUGAAUUGAAAAUGUAUUUUUUCUAAUGAACAGUGAAUUAAAAGCAGUCAACAGCUGUCCAGCAUACAUAGAAACUCCUUCAAUACUGUUUUAAAAGCACUUUUGACUGGUAGUGUACUAUAUAUUCAUCUGUGUAUCUGUUUACAUUAGGGGCCAAGCACCAAAGGUGUGUAGGCACCUAUUGUAAUCGUUAGUGUUCUUAUUAUUAUUAUUCUGCCAUUGAAGUAUAUGGCAGCCCCUAGAACCAUACAUAAUAAAGUUGUGAAUUUUGGCACACUGAUAGAGGAUAUUCUCAAAUGUAACUGACCCAAAUUUGGGGUCUCUAACUCAUACCUUGUAGCGCCACCAAGAAUUCAAAGUUGCACACAUGUUUCAACCUAUAACUUUUGAGCCGUAAGGCCUAGAAGCAAUUCCUUGGCUCAUGCCGAGUCGAACGAAUACCACGGUUUCAAUUUCCGCCCGACUAGAUUUUCCAGCAUUUGGAAUUUUCAGAAAAACCUACUUUUUCUAACUCCUCUUAGACCUUGUGUCCGAUUUGUACAAAAUUUUAAAAGUAUCAUCUAUAGACACUCCUGAAAAAGUGUUAUGGAAUUCAUGAUGAUAGACCAAACUGUUUUCGAUACCACAUCAAUGAAUUCAAUGGCGAGCAUGCCAAAAUAGACGUGAGGCUGUAUCUUCGCAACGCUUUGGCAUAUUGACACAAAACCUUUAAUGUGUCAUCACAAGCAUGACCUGAAGGUACUUGCACAGUUUUGGCACAAUGCCACCUAGUGGUCAGGAAAUAUGAAAAUGGCUAUUUUUGCUUAUAACUUUUGAAUCGUUUGGCCUAAAAUCAUGGUCUCUUUAGAUUCCUUGGGGUGUACCGAGUCAAAAGAUGCCCAAUUUUCCCAUGUCGGCCAUAUUGGGUGUCGGCCAUUUUGAAUUUUGUCUUAAAUUGCUGUAGAUCACAAACGUAUUGGUGGAUCAGUACGAAAUUUGGUAUGUGUCACUGGGGCCAAGCCUUGAGGGUACCUAUAAAGUUUGGGGCCAGCGCCACCUUGUGGUCUAAAGUUGUAAUAAAAUGUGUAUAAUUGCUGAUUAAUUUGGCCUAUCAUCCUGACUGCUCUCUUUAUAUUCCUUGGGUUAUAAGCCGUAUGUCUGAUUUGCAAGGAAUUUUGCGUGUAUCAUCUAGGGACACUCAUGACACAAAGUUAUGAAAAUCGUUUCAAUAAACCAAAUCGUUGUUGUGAAAUGCAUCAACAAAUUUCAUGUCAACAUUGCCAAUAAGGAUCUGAGGCUAUAUCUCUGCAAUGCUUUGCCGUAUUGACAUGAAACUUUGUAUGUGUAAUUGUGUCCACACCCUGACAGCAUCACAUCAAUUUGGUGACAGCGCCUCCUAUUGGUCAAAAGUUAAUAUUAACUGUAUUGUAAUGUUAGCGAUUCUUCCUAUGUUUUUUAUGCUUCUUUUCUUAAAGUCGUAAUUAGUUGGUGUGUAGUUGGUGUGCUUGUCCCCGUAAUUGCUACUUGCAUCUAUAUUUCAGUCUAGUUCUGUCAGUUCGGUUGUUCUUUCAUCGAUGUAGAACAAAUGGAAAAAUUCGACAUAUCAGUGUUUAUAGUUCAUGAUAUUGCCAAAAAAGAAAGAUCAAUUUUUGUACCUAAGUAUUAUUAGUGACAAUGUAAAAAGCGUACUAAAAUAUAAGUAUGAAUCGCUUUAAAAUCCAUACAUCAGAGAAGACCUGUAUCUAUGUACACAUUUACACAGAUUCACAGUCAGUGCAAAUCAAAGGUGAGCACAUACAGUAUCUGUUGUCAGUGCUUGUGUUUAUGAUGAUAAUGCCAAUUAAGAACAAAGUGUCUGUGGAAUAUCUAUAUUUUAUUGUUAUAAUACAUUAUAAGGCUUCCCCUAUUCAUAGUUAUACUUUAGAGUAUAAUGCUGCAUUAUAACACAUGAAUCAUCCAAUUUUAACACAGCAGAAGCUAAUAAAGUUAAUCAAAUAAGUGCUGUAUAGUGUAAAAAGUAAGAAGGCUUUAUGUUAUAAGUUAUAAAUAUAUUAUAAGUGCUAUUUGCCUGCUUUAAGUAAAGUUACAAAAGCAAUA